GCCAUUUUCAAAUGCAAUCAGAGCUUGUUGUGACAUGCCUUUGAGAAAAUUCGCAUGGCUAAAUAUACCGGAGCACAUUGAAAACAACAACAUCCUUUGACUUCAUCUCUGUUCGCAGAGGCAGGAGAGGGCACAACAAUGGCUGCCACUGCAUCUGCUCAGGCGCAGCAGAAGUUUACGAAUCUUCGACGCCGACUGGAUCAGCUAGGAUACCGGCAAACCCUGGGUAUUGAAUCCCUUCCACUUGUGGAGAAAUUGUUUGCAGAUCUUAUUCACACAACAGAAAGUUUAAAGAAUGCGAAAUUGGAACUUGGCAAACGUCAAAAUGAGACAAAAGAGGCUGAUGGUGCUGUGGAACCGUACAAGGUGGACAACGCCAAGCUUGUGCGGGAGAACAAUGAGAUUCAUCUGCAGCUGGUUAAACAGAAGGAAGACAUGGACACAGCUGUCAGAGAACUGAAGGCCUCCCUGCGUAAGCUGGAGCACGAGAACGCGGAUCUGAAGUUCCUCAACAGGCAGCUGGAGAAGGAGGCUCGAGAGAAGGCAGAUCGCAUCCUCAGUCUGCAGGAGAAAAACUUCCAUGCUGUUGUACAAACUCCAGGCGGUAGAAAGAAGACAAUUCCAUUCCGCCGACAGCGAAUGGAGAUCGACCUGACUGUCCCUUCAGCAGAGAGUUCAGGAUUCAAUGUCCCUCCUCCGGACGACCCAUAUGUGGCUGACCUGCUCCAGGUCGCCGACACCCGCAUCGCCAACCUGGAGGAGGAGGUGCGCACACUGCAGGACGAGAAGGAUGUGAUGGACAGGAAGAUCAAGACCUUCAGGCAACAGGUUGAAGGAAGAGAUGAGGAAAUAGAGAGGAUGAGCAGGAUGUUGGAUGGCGGCCGCCCGGCCGAUGUGGUGGCCCUCGAGUCGCGCAACCGCGCCAACGAGCGGAUGAUCUCCCACCUCAACAUACAGGUGGACUUCUUGAGUAACAAGAACCGAGACCUGGAGAGGAAGCUGCAUAGUUCUAACUACAAGAUCUCAGAUGCCGACUCGAAACUGAUGAAACGUCAGUCUCAGAUCCGUGACUUGGAAGCAGAGCUUCAGGAUGUGGACCGCAUCGCCAAACGUAUCCAGGGGGACAAGGAGAAGGUCGUCAAGACUGCUGACCGGGAGAUGUUCGAGGCGAAGGAGGAGCUGGAGAAGUCUCGGUUUGAGCUGGAGGGACUCGACAUGACCGUGGCCCAGUACAAAACUGAAACAAAACGUAUGUCGAAGGAGCUUUCUGAGAUGAAGAUCAGGUUUUCUUCAAAGGAGAAUGAGAACAUUCGUUUGGAGGGUCUGCUUGACCGCAUCGAGGAGGAGAAGCGACGUCUCAGUCAGCGAUGCAACAAGAUGACUGCCAACGAGAAGGAGUUAGUCCUGGAGAUCGAGCGUCUGAAGCGAAAGAAUGGUCCAGUGAAGAAGGGCAAGAUCCCGAGCAAGUUGGAUGCAUUUAUCCGCAGUGUGGAGGAGGAGAGAGAUUACUACCGGGAGCAGGCUGAGUCGUUACAACGCCUGCUCCGUGGUGAUGCUCCCCGACCCCGCAGCCCCGUCAGGUCUCGACCCUCAUCCCGCGCAGGUAGCCCAGUCAGGGAGGCAACGCCAUCAAGAUCAGACAAGAAGAGCAUCGUGCAGUACGAGACCAUCAUGCGGGUCCUGGAGGAGGAGAAGGACUACUACAAGAGGGAGUACGAGGCCCUCAAGGUCCUCAAGAGGUCAGCGACGCCGGUCAGAGCCUCACCCACCAAGAGUAUCGUGGAGGAGGCGGAGAUCAGUCGUCUGACUCGGGAGAGGGAUGAGCUGAAGGGACUCCUUGACAAGUUCGAGAGACAUAUGGCCGAGAUCCAGGCCAAUGUGAAGGUGCUGACAUCUGAGCGGGACAAACUCAACGGCAUGUAUGAGGAGACGCGUGAUGAGCUGAUGCGACUGAGGAGGGAGCUGGUCAUCUCUCCCAAAUCCCCCAAACCUUCCCUCGCAGCUCAGGCCCUCCUCCGACGGGCGGAGAACGAGCGGGACGAUGUCAUCGCUGACCUCCGUCGCCUCACCACAGAGCGAGACAGUCUACGCGAACGCCUCAAGAUCGCCACUGAGACAUCUCUGUCUGACCGAGCUCGUCUGGAACAGAGGGUGGAAGAUUUAGAAAAUACACUACAUACAGUGGAAGCUGAGCGGAAUGAAUUCAUAGUACGGGUGAAUGUUCUCAAGGAUGAAAUCAAAACAUUAGAGGAGCAGUUGAAGGACAUGUCCUUCAGGCUGACAGAGGUGACGGAUGACGCUUCCAAGGUCAGGUCGACCGCCAGCCAGAUGAAAAUGUUGGCGGAAGAGUCUGAGAAGUCUCUAGAGGAGACCCAGAGACGCCUGUCCCGCCGUGAGGGAGAACUACAAUCUCAGGAAGAAAGAUCUGUAACUCUUGAGGAGCGUCUCGCAGAGUUGUCCAGAGCUCUACAAAUUGCCCGAGAGGAGGGCAAUCAGCUCCGCAACACAAUUAACGCCAUGGACCGUGAGAAGGACUCCCUACAGCUCACUGUUGAUGAGAAGACGGAGAAGCAAGCACAGCUCAAUAAUGAACUCCACGACAGGGAGAGGUUUAUCAGUGAUCUCAAGAUUCGGGUGUCUGAGCUGGAAGCUCAACUUGGACAUGCCAAUGAGAACCUGAACCUGAAGGACCGGGAGCUGAAGAGCAUGAGGCGCCAGCUGGACUCCACCGGCGAGGAUCUGACGGAGACCAGCCGCAGCAAGGACAUCGCACUGAGGGAGAACCGGCGGCUCCAGGAUGACCUUGCAGUCAUGACCAAGGAGAACCAGAAGCUGAACCAGGAGCUGCAGGACGCCCUGGAAGAGCGGGAACAGCUCAAGAUCCAGGUCCAGGAGUACAUCAUCGAGGUCAAGCGCACUGAGGACGUCCUCUCAUCCAAGGAGCAGGAACGGUCGGACAUCCUGGAGCAGUACCGCCGGCUGUCCAUGGAGGCAGAGCAGUACCAGACUACCAGCCACCAGCUGGAGAGCGAGGGAUCCAACCUGCGACUGGAGCUCAUGACGAAGGACUCCGAGCUGCGGCGCUACCGCGACAAGACCGAAAACUUGGAGAGGGAGGUCCAGGAGCAUCUGUCAGCCCAGCAGUCGUAUGAGAUACAGCUGUCGAACCUGACCCGGUCGGUGGCCACCCUGGAGGAGAGUCUGAGGCAGACGGAGGAGGACAAGCAGAACCUGCUGGCGGACCUAACUGCUGUCCGCGAGAUGUGUAGCCGUCUGGAGGGUGUCAAGGAGACCCUGCAGAGGCUUGACUGUCAACGUGUUCACCAGAUGCCUCCCAUCGACAAGGAGCAGUUGGCGAGUGUCAUCGAGGACCUGCGCCAGGAGGGCGACCUGCUGAAGGGCCAGGUCUCAUCAGAGCGGACCGCUUCAAAGAACCUGGAGGGUCUCCUGCAGAACAACCGCGAGAAGGAGUUCCAGUUCCAGCUCACGACCCAGGAGAGGAACGCAGAAGUCCAGAUGCUCAAGGACAGGCUGUCACUCAAUGAGAGCAAAAUCCAAAGUCAGAGUCGAGAGAUUGCGUCGCUGAGGACCAGGAACGUGGAGCUGGAGGGAGAUGUGGAGAGGCUCCGCCGACAACUCACAGGGGAGAGGUUCGAGAGAGAGAGAGCUGUGCAGGAGAUGAGGAGACAUGGGCUCAACCCGCCAGUUAUGAUAUCAGAGUAUUCAUCCUCAAUCACUCGUGUGUCAAGGUCAUUAAGCCCAGGGAGGGCAAGGUCACGCUCAAGGUCAAGAUCACCUAGUCCCAGCAGAUAUCGCAGUCCAGACACUUCCAUGUUGAGUUCCUCCAUGCGCCGUCGGUCGCCAGAACGUACCAGCUUCAUUAUACAGGAUGACGACCUCCUGGAAACUUCACCAAAAAGUUACAGUCAAGAUAUCCUGUAAACGCUCCGACAUCAGAGCCGCCAUCUUGAUUUCCAGGGAAUGUUGUGACAGCAGGCACAGGAUUACUCCGAUAAACAAAUCACUCACUGUCAGAAAUAUGUCUGACAGGAACGAUAAAUCUCCGUCCUAGCAUAACAUCUGAGUAUUACAUUUUAUCGAAGUCUUUGUAUUUGCCUUGUAUCAUACUGAACAUAUGAUACAUUUCGUCAAAGAUAAGAUACGACAAUCCAGUAUACCAUACCUCUUCAUAUGAAUUAAGAUAAUAAUGGAAGUCGAAUUGAAUAAUUCUGUGCCAGUUCCAUGUAAUCACAUACUGACAUUGGACUUGUAGCAGAGGAACAUCACUGCCAAACAUUCCAGCCUUCUGUAGUGGAGAGUCGACAAAGGGAAACAACUCAUGGCCACUUCCUGUCACUUGAGAUAUUAUUUAUUUUAGGAGCAUUGUUAUAUGUAGCUAUGGUUGACUCUAUAUGUCAUGGUUUGUCAUCUUACAGAAAGGGAAUAGCAAUUCCUAUGCAAACUUGACAAAGACAUCUGUGAUAAUAAAACAGCAUUGAAGAUGUAGUUUACUGCUGUCUCCCUUCCAAAGUUGAAUGUGUAUGUUGGACAAGGUUUUCAUGGUUGAGUGUCCAGUGUUUCUCACCCUUGUCCAACAUAUAUAUUUGGAAGGGACAUCGUUGCUUUAAGAUUUGAAGCUGCAAAAGGUUAUACUGUUGAUUGUAGUAGGUCAAACCAAGGUAUAUAGCAUGUAACUCUCGGCAUAUCUGUUGUAUUUAAAAAAGCUGGACUGUGAUAUAUGUUUGUCCUCAGAGCCAGUCGUCGUGCAGGGCGAUGGUGUCCACAUGGUGGCUAAAGGCCUACAUUGUAGCGGGUCACUGCCACGUGAUGGCUACCUCUCAACUUCUCAACUAUUGCCACUAAACAAUCUCAACUCAUUGCAACGGGCUUGUCCUAAUAUGAAAUAACAAACUAAUGCACACAAAAAAUAACAUUUUUUGUACAAAACUGUGGGAAAGAUAUAUUUAAUAAUAUUUUGAACACUUUAAUGUUUUUCAAGAGAUUAGCAUUUUAAUUUUCAAAUCAUUACAGAAAGUUUUAUUUUUGUCUAUAAAAAUCAUUAUUACUUUAUCAAUGAAAGUUGUGUAAACAAUCAGAUCACACCAUAAAUUAAUCAAGAUUGGACUUACAGCGGUUAAGAUGGCUUUGUGUGGCAGUGGUUAAAAACCUGGGCACAACUUCAACUUUAAAAUACCCCAAUGUGGAAAGUGACAGUUUUGCUAAUUUGAAUCAGUUCCCUCUUUUUAAUAACGAGUGCUAUAUUUAUUUCUGUUACACUUAUUACAGCUGUGCCCGGCUGGCUCUUGAAGCUUGUACUGAAACCUGUGGCAUGAAAUCCGUCCAAUGGUCUGCUAGUUUUACAUAGGUAUUCCCUCCAACCAUCUUUACUUUUUGUGUUUUUGUACCAGUAUUGUAGAUAGAUGGAUGUACUUUGUUUAUAUACUAUAGUGACAACUAUAACAAAUAGGUAUUGAUUUGAACUUUUAGAUUUAGUAUGUAGGGAACUAGAUAACAUCCUCAUUUUGGAACAUUCCUUUCUUUCUUCUGAAAUUCCAUAUUUACAACUUGGAACCAUCAGACGUAUUUUACGUUCUUUGUUGUAAUCUCAAUAUUAUUGAUGGAAGUUCAAUUGUCCAUUUUAGUUUUUGAACAAAGUAUAUCAUGACUAAUUGUAUAUAUUCUUUAUAUAUAAAUAUUUUAUUUAAUUUCCUUUCAUAACUCUGUAGUUCAUGACCUAUGAAACUAAUAUCUAGGACCCUUCAAGGUGUGCAAGAUUAACAUAAGUCACAGAUGGACUAGAAAAUCAUGAAAUGUGGCGUGCAAAGGUUUUCCAUGUAGUCAUAUAUAUAUAUUUCUAUUUUGUUACAUAGCCUAACAUUGAAACUGUCAUAGAUAUUGUGUAGGAAACUCACAGCUCUGAUACAUUCCAACCUUUCCACUGUGCAGUGUGUGGAGCUCAACAUUCCAGUAGGGGAGACAACUCAUACAGUCUUCAUCCUCAGCUACUGUGGACCUGUAGUGAAUCGUAGCUACUGCUUGACAGAUGAGACUGGUGUGCUCAGCCCUGUAAACAUCAGCACUGUGUGUUCAUUCCAGUUUAUCAAGACUUUGUAUUGACAAGGUGUCCAUAAUGGUCAGUUUUGCUAAUUCAUAUCCACUCUAAUCAUCUACUAUUAAAUUCAUGUUUCGGUGUCUCACAAAUUUAUGCAAGAAUUGUGUAGGAAUUUGUGACCAAAUAUCUCUCCAAGGAUCUUAAUGUAUGAUUUCUUCCGACUGAAUAUCUUCCAACUUCUGUCCCUCUCUCUGGAGACCCACAGUGCGAUGUUUCCAUGGUGACAAUAGCAUUAUUCCAACGAAGGAUUGUCUUCCAUCAACACACCUCCAUUACCAUACUGCCUUACGAUGUCUGCAGAUGUAGUUGAUUCUGAUCUGUCCACUCCUCAAUAAAUUAUGUGCAUAAUCAAA